ACUGACCUGAAACAGCAAACGGACAUAAAGGUGCCUCUGGAUGAACAGAUAAUCAGCUUUGCAACAACAACAAAAAGAUUCUUCAGGAGCUUAUUGUUUGAUAAUGUGACAGUAUGUCCAAACUAUUAUAUUUUCACAACCACAAGGUACAAAGAGAAAUGAUAACUGUAUUAGAAGAUGCUUUCGACCAAGAAGGAGCCAUGGCUAAUAAAAGAAUAAAAACACAAGAGUAUUAUCAAAUGUGGGUCAAACAUUUAGUAUACACUCUGAAGCUGGUUAGUGUUUAUUACGUAACGUUCAUAGAAUAAUUAUGAAUUCUUAAACAUGUCUCCGCAUCAUCGACAGGAACAUUUUCAUCUCGUUAUUUAAGAUGAUAUUAUUGAUAAAAUGAUAAUGUACAGUGUGAAGUGGGACCCCCCCAAAAAACAAACCCCAGCAUAUUUUGCGACAGUGAACAACACUGUCGCAAGUUUCACGACAACGGGUUGUUUUACGGCACACGUGGGGCACGCAGUCGUCCCAGUUUAGUGCAUUGAGCUCCGGCAGUUGUUGCUUCAGCAUGGCUAAAGUUUCGAAAAAGAAAGCGAGUAAAAAGAAAACACGCUCCGGAGGUGCGGAGCAGAGCAACGAGGGGCAUCCAGACGUGAUUUACGACGACGAAAAGGAGGAGGAUGCGACUGAUGAUGAUGUUACUGUUGAGGACGAAGACGGGUACGAUGAACGAAAACGCCAAAAGUUGCUGGAGGCUAUCGGCACUCUCAGUGGUAAGAGGAAGAAAACUCUGGGGGAGAGGUCCGAGGCGGCCGUGCAUAUGUCCGAAUUUACGGUCAACGCAGAGGGCGAGGGCGACAAAGUCGAUUUGUCGGACUUGAUAGGGUCCAUGAAGACAACUCCUGGACUCUCAGGCAAGAGCAAGAAGCGGCUGAAGAAUUUGGAGCAAAGCAGAAAGACCAUAGAGUGCCCGCUAAGCAAGCAGGAGAGCGAGAGGAUAAGGAGAGAUUUGGCUUUUCAGAAGGUUUCCAAAGAGGUGAGCCACUGGAAGAGUGUCAUCAGACAGAAUGAGAGGGCUGAGCAGCUGGUCUUCCCUCUCAAUCAGGAGCAUUCAGGCCCCAAGCCCAUUGAGAGGGUGGUGAUGGACUGGAAGGCUCAGACUCCGCUUGAGCAAGAAGUCUUCACUCUCCUGUCUGCCAACAAGCAGCCUAUUAACGACCCCAUUCUUACUCCCACUGAGGAGGCCUCCAUGAAAGCGAUGAGCCUGGAGGAAGCUAAGGUACGUCGUGCAGAGCUGCAGAAGGCCCGGGCUCUUCAGUCCUACUACGAGGCCAAGGCGAGGAGGCAAAGGAAGAUCAAGAGCAAGAAAUACCACAAAGUGCUGAACAAGGCCAAAUCCAAGGAUUUCCAGAAGCAGUUUGAUGAGAUGGUGAAGAGAGACCCGGCUGCUGCGCUGGAGGAGCUCAAUAAGAUGGAGAUGGCGAGGAUGCAGGAGAGGAUGUCACUGAAGCACCAGAACAGCAGUAAGUGGGCCAGGUCCAAGGCCAUCAUGGCAAAAUAUGAUGAAGGUGCCCGCAAAGCUAUUCAGCAGCAGCUGGAAGUGAACAAAGACCUGACCCAGAAGUUGGUGACCUCACUGAACAAGGAAGAGGAGGAGACAAUGGAGGAAGAAGGUAACGCAGACGUGGUGCCUGACUUUGUGAAUGAUGCAGAGCAAGGACUGGAUUUUUCAAAUCCUUGGAUGACUGGAAAGCUCUCUCAAGACUGUGUGGAGAAGGAGACAAGUAAUGCUGUGACUAUUAGAGCUGAGGAAAAUGUAGCUGAGGAAGAGGAGGUGGAGGAGACAGAAGAAGAGGUGCUACUCAGAGAAUUUGAUAACAGGAGGAAACGGCGUCAAGCUCAGGAAGCUGACGCACCUGUAAUGCUUAUGGAGGAGGAAGAGGAGGAGGAGGAAAACAAAGAUGCUUCUGACAAAGAGGAAGAAGAGCUUUCAGAGUUCACAAGCCUUUUCAAAGGAUUAGCAGAGGGCUGUGGAGAGGCUGACACAGCAGCUGAGCUGGAAAAGGAGCUCAAAAUCAGGUGUCAAGAGGAUGAAGAGCUUCUCACACAGGGCAAGGAGGCAGAGGAGGAGGAAGCCACAGAUAAAGGACCUGUUGUUCCGCAGCAUCCUCCAGCCACAGAAAACACACAAAAGACGGGCAAAAGCAGGAAGAGGAGGAAAGGGAUUGAGCUGAAACAAGUUCUCACCAAGGGCGCACAGGUCCUGCAGGUUCCCUUUGCUCCCACCAUCGAGGAUGCAGAGGACUCGGAGGAAAAGCUGGACCAGAGGGGGCUCAUUAAAGAGGCCUUCGCUGGAGAUGACAUCAUCUCUGACUUUCUGAAGGAAAAGAGGAAGCAAGAGGAUGCAGGGAAGCCUAAAGCAGUAGACCUGACACUACCUGGGUGGGGUGAGUGGGGAGGGGGAGGACUGCAGCCAUCAUGCAGAAAACGCAGGAAGUUCAGGAGAAAGAUGACCCCACCCACACCCAGGAAAGACCAGCAUCUACCAGGUGUCAUUAUCUCUGAGAAGAGGAGCAGCUCCAUCAGGCUCCACCAGGUCAACGCGCUGCCCUUUCCCUUUGAGAGCCCCUCAGUCUUUGAGAACACCAUCCGCUCUGCGCUUGGCCGCACCUGGAACACAGAGCGCACUGUCAAAAAGGUCACCAAGCCCAAGGUCGUCACCAAGCUGGGCGCCAUCAUCGAGCCCAUGACUCGGGAGGAGCUAGUGAAGGACAAGAACGGAGCGUCUGCAGGAACCAGCAGUAGUGUGAAAAGAAAACCUUAAGAGCUUAAAAGAAGCUGUUUUGUGGACAUUAUUAAAACAUCGCUUCACAACAUUUCUUUCCCUGCUGCAGUGGAAUUGAUCUGUAAUGUCAGAAUAUUUGAAGUGACUAAAUAUCAUUAAUAAUUUUGUUUUAUGUUUCAGGGGCUGAUCUGAUCAAAUGGUGAUGAGAUCUUUUAAAUGUUAUAUUUGUUGAGAACCCCUGAAAUAAUUCUUACUGGAGUUGAACUUGUGCUGUUUCACCCUGUAGUUGGAGCCCAAACUGUGAGACACACUGUAGAAAACAAAUAUCUCAGAAUGUCGAGAUGUCUGCUUUGUAACUUCUUGGAGAAAAUGUGCUUUUUAAUUACACUCUUAUACUGAC